AUGAGUAGUCCGGGAAAAGAUAUUGAAGUUAACUUUGCGGACUACUUCGUCAUAGCUGGUUAUGACCCUGAUUCGAACCUCCAGGUUAAUUUUUUUUUCUCGAUAAGUUCAACGUCUUUUUGUUCAGAUAGAUUCGAGUUAUGACUAUGCGCAGGCGCCUGGCGAGGUAUCUUCGCCACAAGAGAAUCCACCUCCACUUCAAAGAAGCUUCUUAGCGAAAAUUCUAAAUCACUUUCCUCAAAGAAGGCCAGAAAAUCCUUUUCCGAAUGAAAUAUUACCGGUGCGUUUUUUUUUUCCUCAUCAACAAUUUCUUUCACUCUCAGCUUUGUAUGCCGAAAGGGUUGCGAUUCUACACGGAGAAAGACGUGCCUCAAUGCCCAACAGUCCAUACUUUUGCAAAUAUCAGGGAAGACGGUUCGAGGAUAAAUGGGACAGCUAUCACAUUUUAUGAGGUUUUUUUAAUUGAAAAUUGCGCAGGAGUUCCAACGAAAUUAAUCUAGCUAAGUGCACAAAUGAGUUUUUAGAGAAAGAUUGUCGCCUAACCUCCAAAAAACUCGUCUUGUGGAAAGUUUAGAAUGAAAAACGCUUUUUUUUGCGUCUCAAGCCAGUGAUAAAUCAAUUUCAAUGAUUUAAACAGUUUAGAUUCCCUUGAAAAAGCCUAUCAUGUGGAGAUUGUGCACGAAACUUUACUUCACAAUUCAAAAAUGUUCAAUCUCAGUUUUUUAGCACGUUAAAGAUGCGGGAAUAUGCGACGCGAUGUGGCAACUGCACCAAGAACACGUCCGAGAAUUGACGCAAGCUCGGGAUCCGCGUCACCAAAGGGCUUUCGGCGAAAGGGAACGUGUACCUCUUCCGCCAGGAACUGUUUCAGGUGCAAAAGAUCAUUUGCAAUGGUUAUAUAUACUACGAAGUUUCAGGAGGAACUCACACUUUGCCAAGGUCUCGAAGAGAUCGUACCAAACGAAUUUCUUACUAUGAUGGUGGCGGGCACAACAGCCUUUACAUGUUAGUUAAAAGUUUGUCCUACUAUGGAAUUAGCAUUGAUUUGAAAUAGCGGACCGGCUUAGUUUUGAGAGCAUUUCUAAUUAUUGAAGUUCCAUCGACUUGAAGAAGUAAAACCAUGAACCAAAAUAUAUAUCUAUUUAUUGUCUCACAUAUACCAGUUGAUGUACUUUAGUUAAUGUCAAGCUCACUCAAAAUUCAGCUAAAAAGUAGAGAUAAAUCAGCUUUGUCAGCUUUUCGCUAUCGUUCGAGUCCGGAAGGAAGUUAUUUUUCAAUAAAGUUUUGUUUUUUAGCCGUAAAUAUGCUUUUCAAAAACAGUUGCGACAAGCUGAGGGAAUGGGAUAAAAAGGAUUGCUAAAGUUAGCUUUCGUUCUCUUUUCAGGUGAAAAAAGGAUUCAAAUGUUUUUUAUGAGUUUGACUUUAGUUGAGGAAAAACUUUUCAAGAUUCAAACCGAUGAGCUCAAACAAUACAAUUUUUAAAAUUAGAAGACUGAUUUAACAAAUCACGAAUAUAGAAUUUAUUGGGCGGUCUCAGAAAAACCUUGUGGUCGGUAUACAUAAUUCUUUGUGAUUGGUUUUAAAAAGAUUCCAUAAACUCGGGAUUGUGCAAGGAUUUUUUUGCUUGAGGGCUUGAAGCCGGACCGGAGCCGAUAGAUUGACGGGCCGGCCCUCGCAGAAACCUGCCAAUAACUGCUUAAUUUAGGACAAAAACACUGUGUUUGCUCACAAAACUGCCUUUGGUACACGCCUCCUCGACUUUCCUCUCGGCUCUGCAUUCACUGUUGUCCUCGAAGACGCCUCCCCCCCUUCCUAUCGAAAGCUACAUUUACUGGUGUUUAAAUGAAGUCCCGAUGCCGUCUCCUGGCACGACCUUGAAGGUAACAACUGUUUCAGAGCGGUUAACGACGUAAAUGAGAAAAUAGCUGCGAGAAAAAAAGUAGCGAUGAACCGUUCAUAAAGGCUGAGAUACCACUGAAAAUUCCACGAAUUCACAAUUCUCCUCUAGCGAAAAAAACGUUUUUUUUUUGUCGAAAAAAAGGUUUAUCUUUUUUUCUAGAUUUUCAAUAUAUAUAUAUAUAUACAAUAUAAAUUUUAACAAAAAAAUCAAACGCCGCUUGGACACUUCGAUAGGAAAAUCUCAGCCCUUUUUAUCUUAAAAAUAGUAAUUGGGGCAGAAGGGCACCUACAUCUUGUGUAAAAGAAAACUGUCCCGAUCUAUUUCCGGGAGUUUUCAUCAAAAAAUUCAAAAGUAAAAUAGUAUGUUUAGGUUCCUCUGUUGGACACCUACUUAAUUGUUCAACGGCCGAGUAUAAAAGAGCUCCCUUUCUUCGAUGACUCUAUUGGAAACAUGUUCCGGGUUCAAUAAAUUCCCUUCCAGCCUUGUCAUUAUUUUUUUUUCAGUUUCUCUCGGUCGAAAAGUUUAUUCGCUUGUUUUCGAGCUUUCUUCUAGAGCACCAAAUACUGCUUUGUUCAAAAGGUUUGACUAAAAAGUAUGCAUAAUUUUUUUUUUUUCUAGAUUUAUCUCGUUUAAUGACCGUCUGUGAGUCUCUUUUGGCACUUUCUUUUCCUUUUCGAUGGCAAAUGGUCUACGUUCCAGUGCUGCCGUACUCGCAAUUGAAGUUUCUCGAAGCGCCAGUUUGUUUUCGUAUUGUUUUUUUUUUUCUGACUGUGAAUGAGGUUGAAAAGUUUUCGUCUUUGUAUGAUAGUACUGGGAAAAACCGAAGGAUAAAAUAGUGGUGGCUUGUUAAAUGGCAAACAUUCAUUCAAACCCGUACUUGCUUGAAACCACAGCCAACUCGGACCCAUCCGAAUCAUGCAAGUACGAACCCACCAAUAAUCAUGCGGACCUUUUUGGUCAUGCGGACCCCUCAGUUUGUAAGUUUUAGUGCAUCUUUCCUUCUUCGUUUUUUAAAGUUUUUUUUUCUUCAGAAAAAAAUUUUUCCCAGAAGGGCGCGGUCGCAAGACAAAGUUUGUCCUGUUUGGCUUCGCUCUCUGUUCAAAAAUCCGUCCCGUCCACUUUACCGAAUACUCGAGAUAGCUAAUCACUGUAUGGAAAGCAAGAGCGCAUAUCCUUAACAUUUGCCUUUUUAACAUCCUUAGGAACGAUGACUCCUGGCUUUUUUUACAGAGUGGGAGAAAGAAAAACGUCAGAGCAUUUUUGGUUUUGGCAUUGUGUGCGGAAAACAGCUUUCAUCAUUGAUAAACAAGAUUGAUCUACUCUGUUUUGUUUUUUAGAUGCAAGAAGAACAGCUGGUACAUAAUCUGCUUCAAUCCAAGUUUCGGAAAGAUAACUGCAGGAAAACUAGAUUUUUUUAUAUUUCAAAAUCGGAAUAAAAAUUUAGGAACAAAUGAUUUUUGAGAGUUUCAUCUAAAAAAAUUCCACUUUUAUGUAAAGAUUUGAGUAAAAUGGAAAAAUAUGGGUGCGGAAAAACACUUAAAUAAUGUUUGCGUCCGAAUGAUGACAGUGGUAACCAAAGCCGGUACGUAUUUUUCGGAUGAGUAGGGUUCGGAUGUAUGUCUGUCACUGUGAAUAGUCUAUAAAAUUGUAGUUUCAGUUUGAAAAAAAGUAUCUGAUGAGUGCUUUGAAGGUUCCGUACGUGAUGGGCUGGUGCUACGAGGAUUCGGUCCCUGAAGCGUUGUUUCAGUCGAAUGUUUGCGUCGUUGAUCUGGACACUGGGCGAGCUGAGCUGCCGGAAGACGUUCCCGUGUUUCCAGACGCGAAAAAUCUAGCUCAAGACAUACGAAAUGCUAUCGAUAGGUUUGUCUAGUUCAUCAAGAAAGGCUUUGAAGUUGUUUAAAGUUGCGGGAUGCGGUUACGACCGAAUGACUUCUACCAUAAUAAUUAACAGUAUAAAAGCGAACCUGACUCGAUUUAUUUUAAAAUUUACCUUGAAACAUGGAAACGAGACAAGGCAUGUCUCAAUUUCAUUCAAAAUUUCGAAUAGAGCUAGCGUCCGCUGCAGGAUGUGGAAACCUUAAAAAAAUUUGACUGUUACUGGACGUUUUUUGGGUUUUGUAGUUCCACGAGUUUUUUAAAGUUCCUAUUUCAUAUUUUAAACUUCUAACACUCCUCUAUAAUGUUAAACUUUCAGACUAUCGGGCUGCUCGGAGAAAGUUUCUGUAGGGGUCCUCGAGGGAAAGCCUGAUAAUGAAGUUGUGGCGCGACGAGAAAACGGUAAGAAAACGGCCGAGUGGUGGGCCAAAAGAAUGAGUCGCUCAUUCGAUUUGGACGAUGGCACUCUGAACGAAGAUGUGACAGGUAUCAUCUCGAAAUCAUAUCUUUUUCCAUCGAAAAAGGUCUAGGCGCUAUGCGUUCUGCCCGGGCGGGUCUUCAGCCACUUCCUUUGGAAAACGUCCUACGCAAUAACUCGACGUUAGCUAGGUAUUGUUGGUUUCAAUUCGUUUCCCAAACGAAAAUUGGCUCUUUUCUCUAUAUUUCCCAUACUUUUCUAGAGUUGCCGAAAUCGCCAGACGAGCUGGAGUUUCAGUCGACGUCGAGAAUAUUGAGGCAGAGCUUGGAGCUUGCCAAAAUAUCGAUUCGUCGUUUUCUCGACAGUAUUUCCUCGUAAUAAUACAUCCGAUUAUGUCUAGAGAGCUUUUUGUUUUCCAGAAUGCCAAGUUGAACAAUGCCAUCAGAGAGUGUGUUCUGAACCGCUUUGUUGGGAUGUUUUACUCCUAUGAACAUUUUGUGAUCGGUGGACAAGGUUGUGAGAAUCGGGAAAACUACGAAGCGAACAGGUUCUAAAUCGUUUUCUCACAUUGAGAAAUCUUCGCAUUUCAGGGAGAGCAUGGCGAGCUUCGACAAGGCGUCUUUCUUGUCGGAUCAGCCUGAUAGCCACUUGACGUUCCUUGCAGCUUUUUUGGAGACUCAGGUUAUGAUUGUUCUCGUGCAAUCACCAUUUUUUAUUUCGGAAUAUUCUCUUGAUUUGAAAAAAAAAAUAUUAAGAGCUUGUUAAAUUUUUCAUCAAUCGCUUAUUUUGUUUUUGGAGUCAUAGAUACAAUCUAAUAGGCGGGGAACAGGAUCUUUAAAGCUAUAACGAACAACCGCCUUUGGCGAAAGUUCAAACACGAAGUCGAAAUUGUCGAAAGCAUGGUCUACGGUCCUUUUCCUCGCUCUUCUGUGCGUAUUCCAUUCAAUCUGACAAGCUCAGAAGGCAGCAGAGUUUUCAGCUGUCUUCUGGCCGUGCUCUAUGAGAUACGACCCCUUCGAGUGACGUCUUGAAACGGAGUUGUAUCAGGAAGCAGAAAUACUGUAUUCUGUAGAAUUUUCAGGAAUCAGUUGACAAUAGAAUAUAGACAUGGAAAUAACUAGCCCUUUUGUGUUAUAUUGAAAACAGUGAUUUUCAUUGAAGAUGUUCACGUCAUUUAUCGAUGCGAAAAUAGUCUCGCAGUGGGAAACGCCAGAAGACGGCGUUUUGCUGUUCGAUUCUCGGAUUUCCAAGAUGCGAGAUCAACUCGGUCUCUCGAUGGUGCGCACGCCGACAUAUGAAACGACGCCUCCUUUUGCAGCUACUGGUUUGGUCGUCGUCGCAUAGGAAGUCAAAGCGAAACCUCAUUUUCAGAAGAGCUUAUCAGCAAACGAGAAGAGACGGCUGACUACGUCGUCGCGGGUCCUCACUCUCUGCCUGGAGCUGUGUCAGUCCGCUACGAUGGAGCAUGGCCUUCGCAUCUGAACACGAUGUUACUCGACGGUGCCAACAUGAUGAGCCCCGCACCGAGUCCUUGGAAACAACGCUACCCUCGACUUAGGCCCAAGACACUUGAGGUUUUUCCUCUUGAGACCGUACGAAAAUUCUUACGAAGUCCCUUUUCUCUCUCUCUUGCCUUUGACGGACGAAACAAAAGCUUAUGAUGAGAGCAGUUUUUACUGUGUUUUUAUGAAUUUAUUCUUUUUUAUUUCAAAUUUUACUUAGGACCUCAGAACUUUCCAAAACUUGGCUGACUUAGGACCUCAGAACUUUCCAAAACUUGGCUGACUUAGGACCUCAGAACUUUCCAAAACUUGGCUGAGAUUUCAAGAUUCCGUUUAUCGAUUAUUAAGAAUUUUUGCGUUCGAAACUGUCCAGAAAAUAGGUCAAAAAAUAUUUGAGAUCAAGGCAUGGCCAAUUCGAAGCUAUUCGGCGGGUGUUAAAAUCAUAUCUCAUCACUCUUGACUCUGAAAUUUCGUUGACAAAAGAGAAGUAUCAUCUCAUUUUUCGAGCAAUUUUUUCCUAUAUCGGAAAUAAAAUAAAACUGAGAAAUGUCUAGAAUAACUUAUUUUGUGAUCCUCCGGAAAAAAAUGAUUCGUUUUGUAGAAUCUUUCGAAUGGAAUCACGAGACCCACUAGCACUUAUGGCGGAGCUGGACUGAUAGCUGAUUCUAGCAAUCUUGUGGCACAACAACAGUAUGCCUUUGUUCAGCAACUCCUCAAGGAAACGAAAGGUUGUGCAUCUGUGGUCGAGUCGGAAAACUCGUAAUUUUUUGCAGCAAAAACGAAGAGAAUGCUGGUGGAUAAGAUGGGGAAAGAAGCUGUUCAGCUGGGUCAUCUAGACGCCGGCAUCACAGGCGUCGAAGAAAACACACUUGUCGCUUCGUUUUGCGACUUAUUGGAAAGAAUUUGGGCUCACGGCCUGAAAAACAAACAGGUUUUCUUUCAAUAAUGUUAUUUGCUGGAGUUUUCGUUUAGGGAAAGUCGGCUCUUUGGAGUUAUGUCCUUCAGCAUGAGGAUUUUGAGAAACCUGGCCUUUCCGCUAGAGCUUCUUCGACCUCUAUGCUCACUCCAGGUAAUAUUCUCCCAUUUCUUCUUUUCUUUUUCUCUUGCACUCGUUCGUGCCCUUUCAACUAUAAUUUGAAAUUCCAUUUACUUCUACAGCUCUUGCGUGGUUGGUAUUUCGAAGGAGACUCGAAAGUAAGGCCAUUUUCUAUUAGUUUUCGCUAUUGCGCGGGGCUGAAUCAAAACGCUGUUCGCGAGUUAAAUGAGACGUUGCGCAACCGCUUUCUAUUUGAACAUUAUCGUGUGUGUAUGAGAACGCCAGCCUUUUUUCUCGGUUCAUGGCUGUACAUGUUGUUCUUGUGAGUUUUGCGAGGUGAAUAUAGAUUCAAUUUCAAACUGCUUCGAAUAUAUUUUAUCGGGCGGAUGAGUAAUCAAGAAAGACCAAUUUCUCGUUUUCUAAUCCAAAGGACUUCCCUUCAAUUUGGAUUGAGAUAUUUAAUAGGAACAUUUUUCAUCCUAAGAAUUGAAUCACGGCAUGUCAUUGCUAUAGGUGGUUUGCGUGCGUUUCGUGCGCCGUCACUGCAACCGGCGUGUUCAAAGAGGCAGCUGAUCGACGAAGUUCCGGCGCCGAUAGUCCUCUCUCCGAACGAGAACGACGUGCUCUCCACCAUCUCGGACAUUGUCGACUCGAUCCGCGGCGCCGAAGAACCCUGGUCGAAGAGCAUUCUGCGCGCGGCGACGUUCUUGGCUGACAAGAUAGCCAGCGGACAACAGGAUCUGGAGUCGUUACCACCUCGUCCAACUCUUCCUCCGACGCCUUUCGGCGACCGCCGCAGCAGGAAUUCGAGUACUGGCUCUCGGAAUCUUUCUUCUCUGAAUCACAUGAAGAAGUCGAGCAGCGUCAGUGGUGGGUGUUGUGUGUGCGGCAUGGUCAUUGUUAAUCUAACUUUUUUCCAUCUAGUAUCUUUUGAUUUGACUUUUAGUUUGAUGCUUUGUGGUGGAAAAACUUUUCUGCAUUUUUUGUUGUUGAUGAUUCUCCCAAUCACCAAUUUUCCACAUUUUUUCAUUGCACUGCAUGGCUUCUUUGCCGUUUAAACAGUACUGUUUUUUCGACACGUAUUGCACGCUUUUGCCACGAAUGCUCUGAUUGUAAAGGUUUUUACAUUCGAAACGCAAGUUUAAUUGCUUCUUGUAAGGCAUCAUCAUGGGGUGUAUGAAAAAGCUUCAAAAUUCAGUCUUAACGACGAGUGAGUUUCAGAUCUUUUUCAUAUACUUUUCUAACAGCUAUGCGGGAAACUAGAGGGAGAACAUGUUUGACGGAAUCGUAGUUUAAAUAGAUAUAAUUAGCAAGAAAAUGAAAAAAAAAAAACUAAUCGAGUAUGGAGUACUACUGCAGUGUACACAUAACGCUUUCCAUUAAUCGACUAACAUUUGUUGGUUUUCAACCUCUUUUUUCUCAUGCAUAGCUAAUUUCAUGGUGUUGCGAAAUCUGUCGACGAUUUAAUUUUUAGAUUUCACGCAUCCGAGCAGGUCGGACCUAAACGAUCCAUUAUCAGUGCAUUCCAACGGAGUGAUGAGCUGUGAGAGCUCUCCUAGAAAAGUGAGGUCACGGAGCCAAACGCGGAGUCCAGAAGGCACGCGUGUCGUUCUCUCUCCUCUGCCCACACAUGUCGCUUAUGAUUUGAAGUUUGUUCGAGCUUUUCAUACUGUUCUCAGCGUUUUUCUUUUCCAUUAUAGGAACGUUUUACGUAUGACAGAAAUCAAGGCAGAUAUUGGCUACGCGCGGGCCUUUGUGCGACUUGCUCUCGAACGCAAGCUCUUGCAUAAACACCUCGGAGCCCUUCUGUCGAAUAGCAGGCUUAUGAAGUAUGUUUGAACCAUUGAUUCUCCCAAGAAAGGACGCAGGUCUUUUUGGAAAAGAAAGAAUUUCGAAAAAAGUCUCUUGAAACAUGAACUUUAUGUUCGAGGAAUGUUGAUUAUUGUAAAAUUAAGGUGCACAUAAUCAGUGGAAGCAAAGUUUUUUUCGGUUUUAAAGCUUUCACGUCAUAAAAAUAAAGUUUAAGACCCCUAUAGAGACCAAUUAGCUUCAGAACCCUAACCCCUAUAGAAGUGUUUUUUGUUGUUGUUGUUUGUUGUUGUUCUUUAUAGUUGCGGUUUUUUUUUCGUUGUUUUUCCAACGGAUGGAAAAACGGCAACUCUUUUUUCUGCAUUCAUUUUUCUCCGUUUUUCGCAGCUAUUUUGUCAUAGACUCGAACUUCGAACCAGAAAAUUCAUCUUUUUUUUCUCCGAGCUGAGUUGCAAGUUCGAUAUUAUCGAGCUACAAACUUUUUAUUUUCUUUACAUCGAGCACUGUGGCUUUUAAGCGAUCUCUACAAAGGAUACGCUUUCGUGAGGUCUGAGGAAGAGCGGGAGCAGUUUUUGCUUCACGUACUAUCGCUGAACGCGGCUCAGUUCCGUUGUUUCACAAACACUUUCACAAAGACGAGUUUGCGCAGCUGUUUCUUUUUUGACCGGUUUUUCCGUUUUUGCAGAGAUGGAUUACCAAGUCGUCAUCGUUACAGGAAUGUGGCGCGGUACUCUGCCUGCCAUUUGGGUCAUGGUACUGAAAGAAAACGUUUUGUUUUUUUCAUCCUUUUUGGUUGCUUUCAGGUCGAAGGAACUUUGUGUUGUAGUCCUCCUAUCAAUUUGAAACCGAAUACACCUCUGUUCAAGUUUGAUGUGAGUUGUCACGUUUUUUUUCGAGAUAAUUUUUCGACUGAACUUUUGUCGGUAUCGUCAUUGAAUAAUUUCUCACAUUUAGCAUAAAAAUCUCGGAAUUCUUUCAACACUUCGAAUAGGACAUCAAAAGUCGGAGAAGCCCCAGAAAUGGUUCUUGGACUACGUAAGAUUGAUAUCUUUGCCUGAUUUUAUUGAUUUCGGAUGAGGUUCAGGUGCUUGUGAGAAACGAGAUAACUGGACAGUCCUACCGGUUUCCUUGUGGUCGUUGGUUUGGCGAGGACCGGUGGUUCGGCAGCGGCGAAGACGGCACGCUCGAAAGGCUACUCGUCGCCGAGCCCGUCGCGGAAUCAGACGCCGGCGUCAGCAACUCGACGUUCGCUCAGUGCUCUCCAGUCAGGACACGGCGGACGAGCUCGCGAAGCCAAACUCCUCAACGCGAUCGUAGCCCCAGCAGUGGGAGAGCACCCGAUCAGACGUCUGGCGGAUCUAGAAGUAAAGGCAUGAAAAGUCACAAAAAACUUUUUGCCGCGUUCUCAUUUCCUACAUAAAAAAUUGUUUAUUUUGACCGCUUUUGGGUCUUCAAAUUUUUUCAUCGCACUGGCUCCAUUUUUUGAGUGCUCAUGGUUUUAAUAAUCGGUAUAUGUACUCUUAGGUUAACAGAUCCAAUUUUUAAUUUUUGAACAGUUUCAACCUGCACAACUUGCUAGUUUUCGAGAAAUGAGGCUUCAAAGGUUCAAAAUAGCCUAUUUGAACAGAUUUUCGGGGGUUUUCUCUAUGAGAUGGGCAUGUUUGAAAAAUAGAGAGUGGUGCUAUUUGGGACCAGAAUAGUAGAUUAAUCAAGUGAUUUUCUCGCCGUUUUUCAAAAAUUUCACAAUCUCAAAGUGAAAAAAAAUAACCUUCACGAAGCUGAAAAUCAGGCUAAAAUUAUGAUUUUUUGACUCAUUUUUUUUUUUCUUCUAUAUUUCGGCUACUUGGACAUUAUAUCACAUAAAAUAAUAGUGACAAUCCCAAAAAAAAAAUUUUGAAUGGAAACUAGAAUUUUCUCAGGAACGCGUAUCAAUGAGAUUCAACAUCUUCUCGGCGAGGCAGUAAACGCGCUCGUCAAGUAUUUUUGUUCGGAACGCAAGGUCGUUUUUGAUGUUGGCUUGAAAAUGUAAUUAGUUUUUUUUCGUUCAGGCGAAAAGCGAACUCGCGCACUUGUUAUGUGGUCAGCGCGGACUGGUGAUGGCCAUCGAACAGGUGAGUGAGGAAUUGGACUUGACUCCAAUUUUCGAGUACGCGUUUUCAAUUUCAAUUUCAGGCUUUCCAAUUCGGACGACAAGAGUCGUUGUGGACGCCAAGAAUGUUCCGCAACACUUGUCCUUGGGAUUAUAUCGGUGAGAGAUUUGCAAAUCAACAUUUUGAGACAAACCUGUUGUAUAGCUGAUGAAAUAUUUCGAACACCCAAUGCAAAUUCUAUUUUUGCAUAAUUUUUUAUCAACAAAUUUGUUUGCAUGAAGUUAUUAUCAUUCAAGUCCGUUCUCGACGGUAGGUCGAAAAGUUUAACUCGCAAUUAUACGUGGCCGAAUCGGAGCGUCUAAUCACGUGGCCGAACCUGAGAGCCAUUGAAAUAGGCCCAAAAUGAGAGUCCUCGAAGUUUGAAAUUGCUUGCAUUUAAAGGGGAUCCAAUUUCAGUAAUUGUUAUUAUUUUUUUUCAUUCAAUUUUUCUUCAAAAAUCUUCUCGAGUCCUGAUUUUCAUUUCUGCGUUAACCCAGCCCGGCGAUCCCAGUGUUCGAUAAUAUUUUGCAAUCAAAAAGUCAAGGUUGAGCCGUAUUUCUUUCUUCUGCUAUUCCAAUUUUUUUCUUGUCUCAUAGAUCCUCAAGGUUCAAUUUAUGUCGACUGAUUAUGUUCCUCAAAUUUAAAAGAAAAUUGACGGACUUUUUAUCGAUGAUAAAUAUCGAAAUUCCUAAAAACUUGCUGAGAAUGGAGGCGCUAGCUUCUGAGCAAACAAAAAGAAACGAAAGAGUUGAAGAAAAAAUCUAAGAUAAAGUUGAAAAAAAGUCAAAUUUAAGCAAUUUCAAGAAUCUAAGGGCUUCUAAAUUUAGUGGUUCCCAGAGGCAACGCAAUAAGCACGGCCACGUAUUUUUGCGGACCAAAGCUUUCGUCGCCUAUCAUCAUCCCGUCCUUAACAAAAGUAGGAAGAAAUUUCAGAACGCACUUGUGCCUGGUUCUUCGACUUGUGUCGACGAAAAGAAGCGGAGAAAAUGCCGAAAGAUGAGAAAGCGUUAGUCCAUUACGCGCUGAGGCUUUAUCGCAAGAUCGAUGCAAAGUCUUCUUUGGGGAAAGACGGCAAAUUUCACGUCUUCGUUCUUCUCUCCAUUAGGUGAGAGAUGAUAUUUUCAUCCUUCUGAGUGAAUAUAAAAUCAUUGAGGUUUUGGGUCUUGAAAAACGACGAGAAAUUCGUAUCUUGUUUCGUGUCUUUGAAUUUAGUCUCCUUUUGUCAAAUUUUCUGUCAUGGUGCGACACUGAGAACGUCUUUUUGAGGUCAUGAAUUCUACCUCACAUCUUCCCAUACCAAACCAACUUUUUGAUUUUGCCACGUGUCUUUGAACAACUUUCCAAGUGUCACGUAAAGGUUUUUAUCUGAUGUAGCGUAACGAACAUGUUUCGGUUAGAAAAAAAAAGCAGACUCUGCUAUUUUUUGUUCUGAAGAAAAUUUAAGGUUUCGCGAUCCGACCCCCCACGAAUUUCUUUCCAAUUAGUUUUUUCUCGCAUCUCGUACAAAAAUUUAAAUGAUAACAAUCUUUCCACGUUCACGCCACAGCAAAGUUGGCCCAGUCGACGGAUUCCUUUCCUGGAAAAGUUCGAAGAAUCGUUUAGUGACUUUUCUUCACUCAAACCCUACGAUUCACCAUUCACACCUCACAACAUGUAACCGUUAAAAGUUUUUGGUUAAUUCCAAUCUUUUCCUUUCCGACCUGCUUUCGUUUCAUUUUUUCUUUUUAUGAAAUUGGAACGUUAAAGGGACCGCGUCCUGUCGGGACUUUUGCGGAUGAUGUCAUGGACUCCAGUAACCAACGAGCUCUACAACGAGCCGUCGUUCUUGCGGACGCCCGAGCAUCUCACGUACCUUUCCCGGCUAAUUUUCUCUCUCAACGAAUUCCAAAUAGUUAUCGAUACGACUCUCACCUAUGGAAUAGAAUGA